CCUUCUUCCCUCUGUCUUUCUAUCUCUCGUAUUAAUAACUCCAACCAAGCUCCCCCAAAUCUCACUCCAACAUUACAAAGAUAAUAUUACCAAUCUACCCCUUUAUCUUGAAAUGAAAGACGACGAUCUCCCCACGACGAAGAAAGACGGUGCUGCUUCUGCGACGGACUCAGCUCUAUUCGGCAGAGGACGGUACAAAUUCUGGGCUCUGGCAGCGAUCCUCCUCCUCGCCUUCUGGUCCAUGUUCACAGGCACCGUCACCCUCAAAUGGUCCGCUGGAAACCUAAACCGGCUCUCCGACGACAUCGAUGCUCCUAUCCACGAUGAUCUCGAUGUCCUUGAAAUUGAAGAGAGGGAGAAGGUGGUGAAGCACAUGUGGGACGUGUACACUCACAGCCGUCGGAUCCGAUUGCCGAGAUUCUGGCAAGAGGCGUUCGAGGCCGCGUACGAGGAGCUGGCUAGCGAUGCUCCGGGUGUUCGGGAGGCGGCGAUCUCUGAGAUUGCGAAGAUGUCGAUGCGGAUGAUCGAUCUGGAACCGCCGCCCCGGCAAUCGACGAACUCUAGAGUAAAGAAUCCCAAGGGAGAGGAAGGCAAGAAGGCAUUGAUAGCAGUAGAUAAUCGAUGACAGGCAAUGUGAGGCCUGCCCACGUGUUUCCCACAGUGCCCAUUGAGUUCUCAUCAGUUUUCAUGUGCUAUUGCAAGGGUGAUUAGUACAUGUAUUUUGCAUAUUACUGUUAAAAAGCUUCAAACCUUUUCAUUUUCUGCCUUUCUUCAUUCUCUAUAUGUUUUGUUUUGGUGGGACUUCGCUCUUCACCUUUAUGUAACCCCUUUUUGACAGGGAAUGGGGAAAGUUCCUUUUAAGAGAGACUUCCAAGUGCAUGGUAGAAGUUAUGUUUUGCUCCCCUUACUUUUUAAGGUCUGUUUAUCCAAAUUCACCAUAUUGACUA